UGUUCCAUUUACAUUUAUUGUUUCAGAUGAAUAGUUGAUGCUCUCUGUGGCACUAAGAUUGACACGGGCGCGUUUGUUCAUCUCUAAAGAUAAUCUGUUAGCUCGCAAGAUGGCUUCCGUCACCAAGAGGGAGGUGUCGGCCCCGAGGUACAGCGAUGGUGCCGCGCAUUUCGACAUGGGGGAACACACCCUGCGUAUCCCCAUGUCUCAUCACGCGCACAACCGCCAGCGCCUGGUGCAGCGUCUGGCAGAGCUGCGCGCGACGCAGGCGGUGAAGGAGGGCAGUGUCGUGCUCCUGCAGGGUGGCGACGAGCUGCCUAGGGAUGCUACUGACUGUACUUGGGUCUUCAGACAGGAGUCAUUCUUCCACUGGUUGUUUGGUGUCCUGGAGCCUGGAUGGUACGGGGUGGUGGAGAGUGACAGCGGCCGCACGACGCUUUUCUGCCCCCGCUUGCCCGACGCCUACGCCGUGGUGAUGGGGCGCAUCAUCCCCCCGCACGACUUUAUGAAGAGAUAUAGCGUCGACCGCGUCUUCUAUGUCGAUGAACUGCCCAAGGUUCUCGAGGACAUCAAGCCGUCAGUUCUUCUCACGCUUGUAGGAGUUAACAGCGACAGCGGGCUUACUACUAGCGCCGCCCAGUUCGCCGGCAUCGAAAAGUUCUCAGUAGACAGCAGCGUUCUGCACACCGAGCUGUCUGAGCUGCGAGUGACCAAGUCUCCCAUUGAAAUAGAAAUAAUGAAGUAUGCCAUCGAGACUUCGUCAGCGGCUCACUGCGCCGUCAUGAAGCACGUCAGACCAGCUCAGUUCGGUAAGCUGAUCCGAGACGGCGACAUGUGUUUGUUCGACAUGGGCGCCGAGUACUACUGCUACUCAGCUGACAUCACCUGCUCCUUCCCAGCGAACGGCAAGUUCUCGGACGACCAGCGCCUCGUCUACAACGCUGUACUCGCCGCCAACCAAGCGGUCUUUGAGGCGGUCAAGCCUGGCGUCAAGUGGGAUGACAUGCACCUGCUCAGCUACAGAGUGAUGCUUCAGAAGCUUAAGGAUGGCGGGCUACUGCGCGGUGACGUCGAUGCCAUGAUAGAUGCGGACAUUGGCGCAGUCUUCCAGCCGCACGGACUAGGCCACCUGCUGGGGAUGGACGUGCAUGACUCGGGCGGCUACCUCCCCCACUGUCCGCCCCGCCCCUCCAAGGCAGGCUUCAACAAACUCCGUACCGUCCGGCCCCUGCUGGAGAACAUGUUCCUCACCAUCGAGCCUGGCUGCUACUUCAUUGAUAGUCUGCUGGACAAAGCGCUGCAGGACCCAGUACAGCAGCAGUUCCUGGUGCCCGAGGUGCUGCAGCGCUUCAGGGGCUUCGGUGGCGUGCGCAUCGAAGACGACGUUCUCAUCACCAGCGACGGCGCUCUCAACCUCACACGCGUCCCGAGAACUGUUGAGGAAAUCGAAGCCCUGAUGGCCGAGGGCCGCAAGGAGACCAUCAGCUUCCCCCAGCAGCUUGGCAAGCAUCGCAGUCAGCAGUGAAACGUUCAUGGAGCUUCCUAUUAGUCAUGUCGAGUCGCUCAAGAAAUUUAUAUAAUCGAUCGUGAGCUGUGACCAUCACGUUAUUAAUGGCCCUUGAACUCGCCUCUCGUGUGUCUUAUUAUAUUUGUGUUAUUUAUAUUAUAAGUGUUCUCUAUAUAAGCUCUUCCCUUUUGCUCUCACGACUGAUACUUCAUUAGACUCGGUUUAAUUAUAGGUGUCAACUUCAUUGUAGAUUUAAUUCCUAUAUUGUGUUGGGUUUUGAUGAGCAGAAAUAGCUUCUUGUUACGUUAUUUUUGUAUGUGUGGAAUCCAAGAUUGUAUUCAAGUACAUAUAUUUUGCA